AUAUAUUGUGCGUGACAGCUGUCAUUUGACAAGCACGAAGACAACAAUUCUAGUUUAUUUGUCCAAAGAGAAUUAUAAUAUAUAUGGUUAUUUGUCUCUUGAUUCGGAAAUUACAACAAAUUGGAAUUGGACAAUAAUAAAUAAAUUGUGCAAUAACAGGAUUAUACAAUAAAUUGGAUUGAUUGCCUUCUAAGUGACCGUAGACAGAAAUCAAAAAGGCAAAUUAUUUUACAUUUGUAUACAGUUUCUUCUAAAAAAUGAAUCUGUGUAAUACAGAAACACAAAUUUCUACAAAAACUAAAUACGGCGAGUGUCGAUGUUGUCUUGCAAAAGGCAACCAUCAGGAUAUGACCGAAGAGUAUUAUUACAACGGCAUACGAGAAGUAUUUGUGGACAUUUUUACAGAAUGUUUCAAUUUAUGUUUAUCCACCAACUCUGACCUGAGCGUGUUGAUAUGCCAGUCGUGCGUGCUGCGGUUGCGGGAUGCAAGCCACUUCAGGAUGAUGGUUGUGAGGAAUGAGAAACAGCUUCUAGAUGCCCUCGCACACUCGGACAAUAAACACACAAUAUUUAUUAAUGUGGCAUCUACAAGCAUACCAUUGGAGUUUAAAAGUGAUAUAAAGAUAGAAAGUGUGAAAGAAGAACCCCCAGAGACUGACAAAGUUAUUACUUAUGAGUUACAGAAUUAUGAGUGCAACUACCCUGUUGUAAGCUAUGAUGCAGAGACAGCUGUAAUAGAAGGAGAGAAAGCAUUGUUGUCCAGAUAUGAAAAAAAAAAUCUCAAACCAUUGCCCACCAGGCGACAGUUGCAUACCAUUUGCCCUAAUUACGUCAAACAAUUGAAAUAUCUAAAAGGCAUGGUCGUGAAACCGUCUGCAAUAGAGAAAUUGCUUAUAAACUGCGAAAACAGCACAAACCAGAUAUUAUCAGUACCAGAGAAACUGGGUCAAAUAAUCAACACAAACACAGUAUUACAAUUUUCCAACGCAAUACCGUUCAAGAGUCGCUCGUGGGUUGGCUUUACUUGCUUCUACUGCCCCGCGGUGCUUGACAGUUUAAGCUUAUUGAGAGACCACAGCAUUAAGCAUGAUAAAUCUGAAUUAAAAAAACUAUUAAGCACAUACCCACCAUUCCGUCUUAUCGUCAACGUGGACGUCACGGAUUUAAAAUGCUCUCUUUGUGACCAGCCUAUGACAAAUAUGGAAACUUUGAAAAUUCACUUAAUUGAGGUGCACGAGAAGGAAUACCACAAGGAGUUCACCGACAGAGUCGUACCCUUUAAAUCGGUGAAUAACUAUUACGAAUGUCAAGUGUGCGGAGAUAAUUUCGAGACAUUUUGUACUGUAGAAAGGCAUAUGAAUGUGCAUUACAAAAAUUAUUUAUGCAGUGAAUGCGGAAUGGGUUUUGUCACAGAGAACAGACUUAAAGUGCACGCGUAUUCCACCCACGCAGAAGGAACGUACCAGUGCGAACAGUGUAACAAAGUGCUACAAACCAAACACAAACUCAAAAUGCACAUAGCUAUUAGACAUAACAUGCUGAAACGUUUCAAAUGCCCCAAGUGUGACGAACGGUUCACGGAAUACUUCCCCAGACAGAAGCACAUGGCGGUAGCGCACGGCAUCGACUCCGUAAAAUUCAAGUGCAGCGAGUGCGGCAAGCUGUUCCACAGACGUUAUGCUCUUUCGCGACACUUGAAACGGAAUCAUUUGGAAGAGAAGGACCAUCAUUGCACACAUUGUCCAUACAAGUGCUUUACAGUUAGCGAGUUGAGAUUGCAUAUGAUCAAACAUACUGGUGAGAAAAAGUUUGAGUGCACUAUUUGUAACAAAGCUUUGUCUCGGAAGAAAUCAUUGACAGAACACAUGAAGAUCCACAACAAUGAUAGGAGGUUCGUGUGUGCGGUGUGCGGACAGGCGUUUGUACAAAAUUGCAGCCUGAAAGGUCAUAUGAAAACGCAUCACAGUAAUAUAGAGCAUAAAGUCAAUUAGGCAUCCUCAUUGACUGGGGAUUAGAGCCUCUCGGUAAGAGUUGAACCGGAAAUAGUUUUUUGCAUACUCGAGGUUUGGUUGCAACCACAAUGUUUUUUUUUUUAUUUUAUACCAAAAUCCAUCGAAUAAAAGCAAUUGAAAUACUUUAUCAUGUUAAUCACAAAAUGGACAUGAAAACUAAACGCAAAAACGUUGAACAGUUGGAAUUAAUCCCUUAAAUUAUUACCGGCCGUGACUCAUUAGUUGUACGUCAUAAAUGUACAGAACGAAUGCUCAAGGCCGAUUGCCCGGGGGAAGGCCUUAAAUGUCUUCAAUGUUUUUACAGUGUGUAAUAAAAUGUAUUACAAA